AUGUCAGUCACAUUUUCAUCAACACGGCCGAGAGGGAAAGGUGAAGUGACCCAACAGACCAUACAGAAGAUGCUGGACGAAAAUCACUAUCUGAUUCAGUGCAUUAUGGACUAUCAAAGCAAAGGAAAGACUGCAGAGUGCACACAGUAUCAGCAGAUUUUACACAGAAACCUGGUUUAUUUGGCCACAAUUGCAGACUCCAACCAAAACAUGCAGUCCCUCUUACCAGCGCCUCCAAACCCCGGGAUGAGUUUGGGUGGAGGUGGGAUGGGUGGGAGCAGUGCAGGAGGAUCUCUCCACUCUCAGAGUAACCUUAAUGACACCAUGGCUCCUUCCUCACUAAUGCAGAGUCAGAUGAGUAAUGGCCCAAGUCACACCCCCAUGCAGCAGCAGCAGCAGCAGUCCGGCCCUUCCACCUCGUCCAUGAGCUCCGGGCCGAGCUUCGCUCACUCAGUGCCCUCAUCCUCAUCGUCACAGGGCACGGCACUGUACCCACCCUCCCGCACCAACCUCAACAUACAGUCCAACCCAGUCUCGAUGAUGCAUCAGCAAGGUUCAGGACCCCAUUACUCCUCUUCUGGAGGUCAGCACUAUCAGGGGCAACAGACCAUGGGCAUGAUGGGGCAAAGUAAUCAAGGCAACAGUAUGGUCUCACAAAGGCCUAUCGGAAACUAUCGUCCUGCUCAGCAAGGUAAGUCUGGAUCACAGUACAUGGGUCAGGAGGAGUUCUACGGAGAGCAGUACGGACACACUCCAAGCUCCAGCGAGCCUGUAAACCAGCAGUAUUACCCUGAUGGUCACAAUGAGUACUCGUAUCAGCAGUCGUCUUAUGGAGAGCAGAGUUACGAGAGGUCAUUUGAAGACUCAUCGCAACACUAUUAUGAAAGUGGAAACCCUCAGUAUAGCCAACAGCAGUCACAAUAUCAGCAGAGCUCAGGUCAGCAGCAGACAUUCAACCAACAGCAGUACCAAUCACAGACAGGAUACAGCAGCCAAGGACAGGGUUACAGUCCAGCACAGGGAGCUCCAUCUCAGUACUCUCAGUAUCAACAGGGUCAGAAUCAGCAGUAUUCCUCAUUUCGAUCCACACAAUCUACUCCUGGCUCUCAAACACAGAGAUCUUACACGUACGAACAGGGUCAGUAUGGAAACUACCAGCAGUAAUGAUACGCCGUCAAGUCAACCAUUC